AUGGGGUUCACCUCAAAACUCCUGGCACCAGCCCGAUCGCAAAAGCAAACAACCACCCGGGAACCCACAAGUCUAGAAUGGGCGCUACAAACCCCUACACCAACACUGAUUGACGGUGUCGAGGCAUUCACCGGUGCCCCGGUAAUUGGAGAGAUCAUACUCGAUAACCGAGAAGCCCUCGACGUCAACAAGUUUUGCACGACAUUACACCUUCAUCGCUACUAUAAGAACCCCCUUCACCCCAGGUGCUUCCAUUGUGCUCAUCACUACGUGGAGCUCAAGCAAUGGGUGUCGGGCGACCUUCAGAAUGUUACAUUUAGUUUCCCAGAUGCCAGCAUUGACGCUGACCUGCGAAUGAAACAAGUCAUUGAACCCAACGGCAUAAACAGUGUAUGGCUCUCUCUUUCCGCAAUCAAGAACCUCCCUGAAAGAGGAAAAUACAUAUGGGAACCUACCAAGGUGGAAUGGAAGUUUGAAGAAACAAUAGAAGCCACGUUAGGCACUUGCACCACCCACUCUGAAGAUCAGGAUAACGCACCUAACAGUCGGAAGCAAACCGUUACUCACACUUUGGCAAAGGGUCGUAUUCACAGUGGCUGGAGAUCAGGCCAGGGUGCACAAGGUUCUUCCUCGACCUUGAAGUUUGAGUACGGCCCCAUCUCAGAGGUGGCGACAAAACGCAAAACCACCUUCGCAUGCGACGAGGCGAUCAAUAAUAUGCUGACUGUUUCGCACGCCCUUGUUGUGGAGAUUUCACUGUCGGCCGUAACGAUGUUGCUUGACGAAGCUGCGGGUUCGUUAGCAUCUAACAGCUCCCGGAUUAUAAGACUGCGCAGGCCAGUUGUGAUCACUGAGCCCCGGAAUGAUCUGGAGAGUGUUGAUGAUACACUGCCUAGAUAUACAAACGUUCAGCUUGAUCUUCCUGCUUAUGAGGAGCCGUAG